AGUAAACAAAAUCAGGAUUGAUUGUACAACUUUCUCUCUCUCUGGAGCUGGGUUGAGCUGAGCUGAAUAGAAGAAUAACUCAUUUUCUUAUGCUGAAUUUUCAAGACUCCAACCAAAUCUCUCCCGUUUUCCAAUUAUACUCCAUUCUUCCGAUUGCCACUUGCCCGAAGUUUCAUAGCAGAGUCUAUCUUCGGCUAACUUUCCGGCAAUGCUGAUCUCUCGUCCUCUUUUUUCUUCUUUUGGUUCUUCACUCAGCUGUUCUAGUCACUUCUUAGAGAUCUAGUACUAAUGACUUUCUGGUUAAUCUCACGAAGCAAGAGGGUUCGGAGUUGGGUUUUAUUUUGAAAAUUCUUUUCAAACCCAGCUAGUGCUGGUGCCGGAGACGUUGUUCUGAACCAGCUAACCAGCCGUUAUGUGGAUGCUCGUUCCAAACCUCUAGAGACGUUGGCUGUCCAUUUCCAACUGUGAGUAUUAGAUGUCUGUGCCAGAGAUGCUAGUGCCGGUGCGUUAGAGGGGACAAUGAGAUAUUCCGUCGAAGCUGAUGCCGGUGGUGAAAGUUAUAAUAAGGGUAAAUUUGAUAUUUUUGAAAGUUAAAGCAGUCACGUGAUAUACAUUUGAAUGGUUUAUGACGAAACAUUAGGGUAUUAAUAAACAGUAAGGGCAGCUUUAGUCAAUUUUUAAACAAUACAGAUACGUUUAGUCAAUUAGCAAAAGCAUUAGGAUAGUUUAAGAAAUUUACCCUAUUUCUAAUAGUUGAUACUAAAAUGUAUGUGAGAAUCCUGAAUCGUGAUUCUCGCUAUUCUCUUGUUCGCAUUCAUUCCAUCUUCCUCGACAUUUCGCCCAAGGGUAAUACAACUUCUCCGACGCCGUGUAGUUGAUAUCUCCACAGAAAAUCCAGAGACCUUGUACCGUUCAAUCGUCUUACCGUUUACAGGUUGAACCUGAAGAAUGUGAUGUAUAUUCCUGUUUGCUGUUAACUACUGUCAUUUGUUGGCUGAAUAUGUUUUUGGUUGAUUGUGUCAUAACCUGGCAAUCUGCAAUCAAGGUUCAUGGAGAUUAGGGUUCUCUCAUGGGUGCUGAUUUCUACUUCUUUGGCUUUGCUUUUGAGAUUUGUCUUGGUAGUGGCCAAUGGAAGAAGGAACAGAAAAAAAGCUGUUGGUUUCUUCCAUCCUUACACCAAUGAUGGUGGAGGGGGAGAGAGGGUGCUAUGGUGUGCUGUGAAGGCUAUUCAAGAGGGAAACCCUAAUCUUAACUGUGUCAUCUAUACUGGUGAUCAUGAUGCUUCUCCUGAAAGCUUGAAGGCUAGGGCGGUUGAUCGAUUUGGAGUCAAGCUUCUUUACUCACCCCAGGUGGUGCAUUUAUACAGAAGGAAGUGGAUUGAGGAAGGUACCUUUACCCGCUUUACCAUGAUUGGGCAGAGUUUUGGUUCAGUUUAUCUCUCAUGGGAAGCAUUAUGCAAAUUUACCCCUUUAUUUUACUUUGAUACUAGUGGGUAUGCUUUUACCUAUCCACUUGCUCGGAUGUUUGGGUGUAAAGUUAUAUGUUAUACCCAUUAUCCAACAAUCAGUUCAGAUAUGGUUUCUCGGGUUCGGGAACGGAAUUCUAUGUAUAACAAUGAUGCUUUAAUUGCACAAAGUUUUUGGUUGUCUCUGUGCAAGGUUAUCUACUAUGCAUUCUUUAGCUGGAUGUAUGGGAUUGUGGGCUCCUGUGCAGAUGUUGCCAUGGUUAAUUCUUCAUGGACACAAUCUCAUAUAGAGAAGCUCUGGAAAAUUCCUACACGUACUACUAGAGUUUAUCCCCCUUGUGAUACUUCAAGCCUUCAGGUACUUCCAUUGGAAAGGUCAGUCGAAGUCCCAAUACUUAUAUCUGUUGCCCAGUUUCGCCCAGAGAAGAAUCAACUCCUUCAACUUGAGGCAUUCUCUAUUGCCAUCAGGAAAAUGGAUGCAGACUUGCCCAGACCAAGGCUCCAAUUUGUGGGUAGUUGCCGGAAUAAGGGGGAUGAGGAAAGAUUGCAAAAACUUAGAGACAAAGCUGUUGAAUUGCAGGUGGUGAAUGAUGUGGAAUUUCACAAGAACUUGAUGUACAGGGACUUGGUAAAACUUUUAGGAGGUGCUAUUGCAGGGAUUCAUUCCAUGAUAGAUGAACACUUUGGUAUAAGUGUUGUAGAGUACAUGGCUGCAGGUGCAGUCCCAAUUGCUCAUAAUUCAGCAGGUCCAAGAAUGGACAUUGUUUUAAAAGAGGAUGGACAGAAAACGGGAUUUCUUGCCUGCAGUGUGGAAGAGUUUGCCGAUGCCAUCUUGAAGCUUUUAAGGAUGCCAGAGGCAGAAAGACUUGUGAUGGCUGCUGCUGCAAGGAAACGUGCAGAUAGAUUUUCAGAGAAAAGGUUUUAUGAAGAUUUCAAGACUGCAAUUUGUCCAAUUCUUUGUCAUGCCAAAUAAGGAAAAGAAAAGGAAAUGUUGCAAGGUUUUAUUGAAAGGUCAUUUGGAAUGGUAUAAUUUCCAACAUAUAUGUGUGUUUUUUUUUCUUUGCCAUAAACCCUGGAAGGUUAGAACAAAAAAAAAAUAAUAAUAAAAUAAAAUAAAAAACUAAAAGUUUUGCCAUGUCUGGCCAGGAUAAUUAUAUGAAGUUUUCCCUUGAUGGGAUAAAAUUAAUAGAAUCACAGUUUUUCACAUCAUUCA